GCCGGCCGUGCUGCGUGAUGUGUGUCUUUGGGUCUCGCCGGUUGUUGAACUGUUGGAUCAUCAAGCCAUCACGGGGGCAAGGGGCUUCAGAGAGAUUUUAGAAUUCGACACCAAAUUCGCUGUUCAGGCCAUGAAUUGUACCGUACGACGCCGCUGGUUAGUGAUUGCUGGUUACCGACAAACGUACCCGGAUACAUCACCUGAUGAUGUUCUCAUGUUCGUCGGUAAUCAGUUGCACGGCCUGGUACUGGUAAUGUCGUGUGCUCAUUCAUGCAACCACCUACUGCUGCUGCUGUUGUCGUAGUUGUGGGUGCCAGCACUAGACUAGUGAGUACGGAGUAGUGACCAUUUCGUACCACCGGAUUAGAGUUGAUGAACGAUCGCUGGCUUGUUGCUGACUCCCAAGCACCUCACAUGACAGUCUCGCCCCUUGUACAACUCGUCUACUCCACGUCCCCACUCCAUCCCGGCUCCCUCUCUUCUCCUCUCCCGCCUGCUCUCUUCCCUUCCCCGACAACAGCCACGGCGAAGUCUUUUCUUUCCCCUUCUCUCUUCCGCCCACCACGGAAGUGCCGAAGUGUAGAGCAACCUUACUCCUUCCGCUUCCCUCUCUCCUCGCCUCUUCUGUUUUGUUUUAUCUGCCGCGGUCCACGGCUAUGGAUCUUCGAGGGGUCACUUGAAAAACCAAUCUUUCAGCGACCUCCGUUUUUCCAAUUCUCUGUAGCGUGUAGGCGUGUAGCCUCCACCCGCUCUGGACUUUUUUGCUGCCUGGCUUCUUCCCGUGAUCGGCCGCAUUGAGCUGAGGAUUCCCGUUUGGUUUCUUGGACGCCGAUUCGGGUGACCUGCGGGAGUGGUUUCUUGGUGGCCAUGGUGAACGACAGCGAGCAAUCGGCGAUCACCGCCGCCGCCGCCGCCGCCGCCACCACCACCGUCGAGCCUGGCGUGGAGCGGGGCCGCGCGAGCGGCAGCGGGCGGCGGCUCGCGGAGGAGAGCUCGAACGAGGAGGAGCGGAGCCAGCGCUUCUCCGACGCCGAGGACCGGUCCUGGCACUCGCACUCCCGGCAGGGCUCCGCCUCCACGCCCGCGUCCAUCGGCUGCGACGCCGGCGCCAGUGCCGGCGGCGGGGGCGCGGCCGAGCGUCCCAGGAAGUCGUGUGUGUCGGAGUGCUCGCUGGACGACGUCGUCGACCUGGAGGCGGGGCUGGCCGAGAUCACCAAGGCUAGCCCGGACAAGGCCGAGAGGAACUGCCGCAUCUGCCACCUCGGUCUUGACAGCGCCGCCGCCGAGUCCGGCGCCGGCAUCGUGCUCGGUUGCUCCUGCAAGAACGACCUCUCCCGCGCCCACAAACAGUGCGCGGAGACCUGGUUCAAGAUCAGAGGCAACAGUAAGAUCUGCGAAAUCUGUGGCUCAGCUGCAUGCAACGUGGCAGGUUUCAGUGAUAUGGACUUCAUCGAGCAGUGGAAUGAAUCAAGCAGCACCGCGGCUGCCCAGGCAACAGCCAGCGAGCCCCGGAGGUUUUGGCAAGGGCACCGGUUCCUCAACUUCCUCCUAGCUUGCAUGGUGUUUGCAUUCGUUAUAUCCUGGCUCUUCCACUUCAAUGUUCCUGGAUGACUCUUGGUGCGCAUUGUUCAAAUAAAAGCUCCAGAUCCAAGACUGAUGAAGUAUGGGCGAGUGUCAGAGCGCAAACUGGAUGGGCAUGAGCAGAACUGAAGAUUUGAAUGGAGUUGCUUGGGUGUGGUGAAGGGUGGUGUUAAUUUUGUGAGAGUACGAUGGCACAUGCCGCAAAAAAAAAUGGAACGCAGGUUAUUCUGUAAAGAUUGGGUGCACAUUUGCAAGUGGUUGCGAAAUCGGGGAAUGGAAGAUCUCGUACUUCAUUCUUUUUUUCA